CCACUGUCGAAGAGAUCUCUUUUUCCCUUCCAACCGUUCCAGCGCAGUGCCUCACCAUAAGAAUUUUUGAUUGAUUCUUCUGGAAGACUGUCAUCAAGAUGUCGAAAAUCUCAGUCGCCGGAGUGCGCCAGAACGUGCAACAACUUCUCGAUUACUCCCUGAACGAGAAGAAGCGAAACUUCCUCGAGACCGUCGAACUCCAAAUCGGCCUCAAGAACUAUGAUCCCCAGCGUGACAAGCGUUUCUCCGGAACCAUCAAGUUGCCCACCGUCCCUCGCCCGGGCAUGUCCAUCUGCGUUCUCGGUGACCAGCACGACAUUGACCGAGCCAAGCACCAUGGUGUCGACGCCAUGUCGUCCGACGAUCUCAAGAAGCUCAACAAGAACAAGAAGCUGAUCAAGAAGCUCGCCCGCAAGUACGACGCCUUUGUCGCCUCCGACACCUUGAUCAAGCAGAUUCCUCGUCUCUUGGGUCCCGGUCUGUCCAAGGCCGGCAAGUUCCCGACCCCGAUCUCCCACAACGAAGAUCUGGCCAGCAAGAUCACCGAAGUCAAGUCGACCAUCAAGUUCCAGCUGAAGAAGGUCUUGUGCAUGGGUGUCGCCGUCGGCAACGUCGGCAUGACCGAGGACGAACUCAUCUCCAACAUCAUGUUGGCCAUCAACUACUUGGUGUCUCUCUUGAAGAAGGGAUGGCAAAACGUCGGCAGCUUGACCAUCAAGGCAAGCAUGAGCCCUCCCAAGAGAUUGUAUUAAGUUACGUAUCUCUGUGGGGUUGUCACCUUGGGGUUCAUGAUCAAACACAAUCCUCGUUUGCAGAUGCAUUUGUUUGCCUUUUGAUUUGCAUCUGCUUCGGCAAAGGGCCCAGAAAAAUAAGCUAGAUAGUUGCCUUUAGCACAGCUAGCAAUGGAAGUUCAUGAAAUCUCGUA